CAUCCCCACUUUCUACAAGAGGGAUAACCCAUCCUUGUAACAGAGCAAAAACCAAAGAAAACGAGGAGAGAGAAACUCCACUUAAAAAUCGAAGCUCAGUUCCAAGCUAUUUUCUCUCUCUAAAAUCUCCCCAUAUUUCUCAGUGCUCCAAAAAUGGCGAUUGAGCAGGAACUCAGCCUCAAAGAGAUCAGGCCCAAAAAUAGGAGAAUCAUGGGAGGACGAUCACCUGAUGAAGAGAACAUAUGGCCGCCAUGGCUGAAGCCUCUUCUCGAGACGAGCUUCUUCGUUCAAUGCAAGUUCCAUACCGACUCUCACAAGAGCGAAUGCAACAUGUACUGCCUUGACUGUAGCAAUGGUGCUCUCUGCUCCUUCUGUCUUCAACACCACAAAGACCAUCAUGUCAUACAGAUAAGGAGGUCGUCAUACCACGACGUGAUUAGGGUUUCAGAGAUACAGAAGGUACUCGACAUUAGUGGGGUGCAGACUUAUAUCAUUAACAGUGCCCGCGUCGUCUUCCUCAACGAGCGGCCGCAGCCCAGGCCCGGCAAGGGCGUCACCAACACCUGCAUCAUCUGCCACCGCUCCCUUCUCGACUCCUUUACCUACUGCUCCCUCGGCUGCAAGAUAGCAGGAACUUCCAGAAAACAUGGCCGUGUCAAUAUGGCGAAGGAGGCCACCGUGUCGGACACGGAGGAGUCUUAUACGAAUGUGCAGAUGAGCUUCUCGCCGCCCACUCCUCCGCCCACCGUGUUCAGCUACCGCUCCGUGAAGAGGAGGAAGGGCAUCCCCCACAGAGCCCCCCUCGGUGGAAUUUGCCUCGAUUAUUAGACCAUAUUACGGACAUACCCUCGUAGUAAUAAUGCCCCUGUGAAAAACCCUUUUGUCUUUUUUUUAGGGAAACUGCACUCGAGCUUCAAUAAAAAGAGGCCGGUGUAAGCCCUGCACCACCACCACCUCCACCUCCGCAGAGGCCGGUGUAAGCCCUGCACCACCUCCACCUCCACCUCCACCUCCCUGUAAAUAUUUACAUAAACGGACACCAUAGUCAUAGGAGGAAGAAAUAGGAGAUGAUUCCUCUUCCCGUAAAUACGAGUUUUGUCAGCAUUGUAUAUGUGAAAUCAGUAGAGAGAAUACGCGAGUUUGUAUUGGUUAAGAAAGUGUCUAUAUUUGGUAUGAAAUAAAGCCUUGCCUUUGUAAUC